CAUUGUCUCAUAAUCCGUCCAUGCAUGUGUGUAUGACCAUGCUUACACUGCCUGUGUGCGCCUACAAGUGGAAUAUAGCGAGGCACUCGACAUUUAUGAGUCUUGGAGUGCAAACACUGAAGGACAGAUGUCACUCGCCGGAUUCUUCCACUAGAACACUUUUCCAGAAACACUCCAUGACCGUCCUGUAUGACAAUCACUCCCCUCCUCCCUCACUCCCUCCUCCCAGCGCAGGAACAAAAAGACAUCUGAGCUAUGUGGAUGGGGAAGAAAAAUCACAGCACUUUGUGCAGCGGCCACCGCGCUCCGGUUUCACAAAGUCUCUGACAGGCGGAGCGGCGCGCUGUUUUUACGCAUAGCCUGCAGUCCUGCGAGGCAUUGUAGACAUUGUGUAGUAGACUCCAGAGAAGACACCGGAGCGGCACAGUCUCUGAUAACUGGAUACCUGAGUCCAAAGUCAGAGAGUUUAAAAAAGAGAGCGAGAGAGAAGCACUUGGAGACGCGGACUGUAGCUGCGUAAAGGCGUGACGCAUGGAGUUUUUACGUUUAAGAUCGAGAGAGCAGCAUUUUAUCAGUUUGAACUUGACAUGCAAAUCCGCUUAAGACCAGCUGACCCAUAAAAGAAGAAGAAAACAAGGCUUUCGAGCGAUCUCGUCCUAAAUUAGGGGGCCGCGCCGAGUCCCCUCUUGGACGUUUUGAGACUGUAUCGACCUUGACUUUACUUUAAAGAGACGCGCUGAGAAAUUUCCCGCAGUGUUAUUUACUCAUUAUCCAUACAGGCUGUUUGGAGGCAAGACUGAACAGGUUACUGGAGGGUGCUGAGACUCUGCCAAGAAGCCUUGACAGGACAGAGAAAAAGGGAUUUUGGCCGCGUAAGAAACGAGGAGGAGGCGCCUCUGGCGUUGAAGCAGAACCCCUUUCGAUGGAUUCUUCAUGUUUGCUUCAGCCUCAGUGGAGACAGCCUGCUCCGAACACUUGCAAGCCGUGACAGCAAGGUGUAAAUCAUGACACAACGCAGCGUAUGGAUAGCCACAAACAUGGGCUGUACCCAGCGUGGAAGAAGCGGCUCUCCCGUCCUCUCCGGUGCGCACUUGGAGCAGAAUGCGCACAGGACAGCCGGUGGGACCAGAUGGAGGGUUCGGAGGAAGGAUAGACAGGAGAUUACUUCUGUAAUGUCAGCAAGAGCCAAGGUGCUGCUGUGGGUGCUCCUCUCUCUGCUGCCUCUAGUGGAAGGAGCUCAUAUGAAAGCUGGCUUUGCCGGUGUGGCAUCAGACUCGGGUCAUGCUGUGGGCCUGCUGGGAGGCCAGGAGGAGCGGGAGCUUCCUGUGACGCUGCCAGAGGUGGUGGAGGACGAGGAGCAGGAAGAUGACAGUGACCCUUACUCCACUUGGCAUGCUCUAUAUGACCCCUUUGUAAUAGAUGAGGUGGAUGACCAUCCCAGUAGUCGCUGGGCGGGACGCUCUCCACGCUCCUCUGACCCCUCAGAACCUCAACCCAAGGGAUCACCAAAGAAAAAGAAGAAGAGGAAGAAGAAAGAAAGGGAGGAAGAGGAAGAGACCGGAAGAGGAGAUAGAAAGGGUAAAGGUAAAAACAGGCAGCCGAUACAGAGCAGCAGGGACUGCCGUGUGGAGAAGAGAGAGAUGAAGGUUCGGGACCUGGGCUUGGGGUUUGACUCGGAUGAGAUUGUCCUCUUCAAGUUUUGUGUGGGCUCCUGCCAGCCCUUGAGAACAAACUACGACCUGGCCCUGAAGGUACUGCUGAAGAACGGCUCGCUUCCUCGGCGCACCGCCCGCAAGAUCAGCAGCCACCCCUGCUGCCGGCCCAACCGGUACGAGCCGGUUUCCUUCAUGGACGCCGAGACCACGUGGAGGACCAUCCAGUCGUUAUCAGCUGCCAGCUGCAUGUGUAUGGGCUGAAGAAAUUAUGACCUGUCCUGAACAGAAAGGAGUCAAGAGGCUCAGUGUGAGGAAGGCCUGGGGACAGGGCAGAGCCAGAGGGGGGUGCUGUAAGACACAUACACAACAGAGGAAGUGAUGGAGGCCACUUUCUGUGGUGUAUUUCCUGUUGAGGAGGAAGAGGUCCGGGCGCAGCUGGACGGACGAGGUCAGAAUCUGAGGGGGAAGUCAUCGGGGAUUCACAGUCUGGAUUUAUUGUUGUGUCUUCAAAGAGUGAAUUGUUUUCAACUGAAUAACUGGUGACUAAUGCAGGACACUACAGACCAGUUAUUACAUACAUAAAAGAGAGACUCUAUAUGUGAACAGGACUGUUUUGCUUUAAUAUGGGCAAGACCUGAAGGCUGAAACAAACAAAGAAAGGACUGACACUGUGUUUAUAUUCUAAUUCAGACAAAAGACUGAUUUGAUGUUCAUGAUUAUUCACAGUGAAGCAUGUCCUCACGCAAGCAAUAUCAUUUUCAUUCAUCACAUAAAAACAGGCAUUUCUUUGUUUUCUAUUUUCAGGUGAACUCAGACAAAUGGAUGCCAUGCAUCUUCAUGUAUUACUGUAUACAAGUAAAAUAUAUUUAUUUCUGAUAAAUUAUUUAUUUAUUAUAGCUUGAUAUGAAAGCUGUUUUUAUUAACUCCAUAUUGUAGAUAAAUAUCUAUUUAUUGCCAAGAUUCAGUUUUUAUGUUGACAGUUACUUCUGCUCACAUACAGUACGUACAUUUUUUAUUUUUAUUUUUAAGGUGCUGAUUUUCACAUUUAUUCAAUGCCUCAUAAACCUGGACAGCUGACUCUGGGCAGGAUUAGAUAGGAUGCAAUAAAUAUUUCUGAAGUUAAUUGAAUGAUUUUAUAAAACAAAGUGUGAUUCUCUCUGAUAUUUAAUCCCAGACAGACCUUUGAAAAACGAUGCUAAUAAUAGACCUACAUUAAAAUGAUGUGGUAUACUUUAUCAAGUCUGACAGCUGUUCUCUUGUUUCGUGGUUAACAGUGGGUAAUGAUAACAUCUUUUUCACAGCAUAAUGGAAACAGUCUCAGUGUCCAGAAUGUGUGUACAGCAAACAAGUAAAACAUGUAUACUACAGGAAAGUUACACACUACCAGUAUGUCACUAUUCAUGUAAUUAUUAUUAUUAUUAUUAUUAUUAUUAUUAUUAUUAUUAUUAUUAUUAUUAUUAUUAUAAUUAUUAUUUUAUAAAGUUUACUUUAUUUUUGUAUGGCAUUAUCCUUUAAGGGAAUAAAGUUUUCUAAUAUAA